GCUCCAGCAAGUUUUACUUCCCUAGCACAGGGGUGUUUGCCAGCAGCCUGCGGUUGCUUUCUGAAGUCAGAUCCAGUGGCUGGAGCCCUUGAGCCCAGAGCCUUACCAUGCUGUUCCCUAAGAAGGCCAGGAACUACUGACGCUCCCUGUGGACAGCGACCCACAUCUGUUAUGAAGAAAAAUGGACAAGCUUAAUAAGAUAACUGUUCCUGCCAGCCAGAAGCUGCGGCAGCUUCAAAAGAUGGUCCAUGAUAUCAAGAACAAUGAAGGUGGGAUAAUGAACAAAAUCAAAAAGCUGAAAGUCAAAGCACCUCCAAGUGUUCCUCGAAGGGACUACGCUUUAGAGAGCCCUGCUGAAGAAGAGGAGCAGUGGUCAGAUGACUUUGACAGCGACUACGAAAACCCAGAUGAGCAUUCGGACUCCGAGAUGUAUGUGAUGCCUGCCGAGGAGAACGGUGACGACAGCUACGAGCCGCCUCCAGCCGAGCAGCACACUAGGACGGUCCACCCAGCCCUGCCCUUUGCCAGGGGCGAGUAUGUAGAUAAUCGAUCGAGCCAGCGGCACUCUCCACCCUUCAGCAAGACACUUCCCAGUAAGCCCAGCUGGCCUUCAGCUAAAGCAAGGCUGGUCUCCACUCUGCCAGCCCCCACCUCUCUGCAGAAGCCUCAAGUCCCCCCCAAACCCAAAGACCUCCUUGAGGAUGAGGCUGAUUAUGUGGUCCCUGUGGAGGAUAAUGAUGAAAACUAUAUCCAUCCCACAGAAAGCAGCCCACUUCCAGCAGAGAAAGCUCCCAUGGUGAACAGAUCAACCAAACCAAAUAGUUCCUCAAGGCUAGUGUCACCUUCAGGGAGAACUGCAGGUCGAAACAGCGGUGUCUGGGACUCCAAAUCAUCUUUGCCUGCUGCGCCAUCCCCACUGCCAAGGGUCGGGAAAAAACCAGCUACACCACUGAAAGCACCUCCAGUUGCCUCUCCACAGAAUGCAUCAAAUGUUUGUGAAGAAAAGCCUAUUCCUGCUGAACGCCACCGUGGAUCUAGUCACAGACAAGACACUGUGCAGUCACCUGUGUUUCCUCCUGCCCAGAAACCUGUUCAUCAAAAACCUGUUCCUCUGCCAAGAUUUUCAGAAGGGGGAAGCCCAACUGUGGAUCCACCGUUGCCUAGCUUUUCAUCUAAUUCCACUUUUUCAGACCAGGAAGCUGACCUCCUCUGUAAGCCCUGGUAUGCUGGUGCCUGUGACCGCAAGUCUGCUGAAGAGGCCUUGCACAGAUCCAGCAAGGAUGGAUCAUUUCUUAUUCGGAAAAGCUCUGGCCACGAUUCCAAACAGCCAUAUACACUAGUUGUAUUCUUUAAUAAGCGAGUAUAUAAUAUUCCUGUGCGAUUUAUUGAAGCAACAAAACAAUAUGCUUUGGGAAGGAAGAAAAAUGGCGAGGAGUACUUUGGAAGUGUUGUUGAAAUCAUCAAGAAUCAUCAACAUAGUCCCCUCGUUCUUAUCGACAGUCAGAAUAACACAAAAGAUUCCACAAGACUGAAAUAUGCAGUUAAAGUUUCAUAAAGAAAAUGACAUCAAUACCAUUGUUCUGGACAUUUCCCCCAAGUUUCUUCUUUUGAGAAAACUUCAUAUUCUGGAUUACAAAUCAUCAGUAAGAAAACAGAAGAUGAAGGAAGCUACUGAGGUAGCGGUCCACUCCUUUGUAAGAUGCUCACGUGAACCUGCUCCACUGACCUGAUGAAGUCAUAUCUGGGGAGGUUAUCUUGCUACUAAUAUUCUCCAAAUAAAUUUAUUUAAAAGAAAUGGA